AUGGCAUAUCAUCCACCCAACAAUUACCGUUCUCGACUAGUUGCAAUAUUAGGAGCGGGCUACAACGUUCACGUCCGUGAUCCUAGCCCAGAACAGCGUAACCAAUGUCUGCAGUAUGCUGCAGAGUGUGUUUCGACCUACCAGACCAUGACUGGAUCCAGUGUCACAGGAGAAGUCAGAGUCUUCGAAGAGUUUGAGCCCGCAGUAAGCGAGGCGUGGCUGGUGAUCGAGGCUAUUCCCGAGAAACUUGACCUCAAAGUCUCAACCUUCGCCUUACUAGAGAGGAGUGCGCCGCAGGAUGCUCUGCUUGCCAGUAACUCAUCUUCAUACAAAUCGUCGGAGAUUGUCGUCCAACUCUCUGAUUUCGCUAAACAACGGGCUUUUAACAUGCAUUAUUACAUGCCACCCGCAAACAUGAUUGUAGAGCUCAUGACGGAUCAAGCCACUGCACCAGAGAUAUUCGAAUUCUUAUCUACAAGAUUAAGGGAAACGGCGGCACAACCGUAUAUCGCAAGAAAAGAGUCAACUGGAUCUAUCUUCAAUCGGCUGUGGGCUGCUGUUAAGAGAGAGAUUCUCAUGAUCAUCUCUGAAGGUGUGGGCUUGGACACCGUUGCGUUGAUUGAAGGUCACUAUGUCGCCGAGAGAGGGUUGCCAUCAUCUCAUGUAGAUUUCCUCAAAGCUGAGUAUCUCGACAAGGGCAAGCUUGGAAACAAGAGCGCUAAAGGAGGGCUCUUUCCGAAGUGA